AGUUUCAGAUUCAGGUGAGCACGAUAUAAAAAUAGGUGAAAUUCAAGAACAUAUUCUAGAAACAGGAAAACAAACAACACAUACAAGAAAACAACAAUUAAAAAAAAAAAAACAAAAGCUGCUUGACACAGAAACGCCCACAAGACGGUUAAUCGCGAUUGCCAUCCCUUUCACGAUGGCGUCAACGGAAACUACAAAAUCAUCAUUCCUGAGCAAAAUAAAAAAAAGUCAAUCGAGAAAUCUGAUAUUCAAACCGCCUGACCAAAUACCAAUUGUAGACCGCGACUAUGGCCUAAUAAAGAUAACUGCAGACAAGGCUUCGACCCCAUACCCACGCAUAUCUAAGGGAAUUGAUAUGCCGGCACUUACAGCGCGCCUUGAGGAGGAGCGAACAAGUAAAACCGAAAGGGCUCACUUGGAAAAAAGUGAUUCUGCCAUGAGUAUCUUACGUUUUAGCAACACGUCACACAGGACACAUGUAAUGCAUCCUGAGCAAAUGCCCUCAGGCACUCCGCACCCUAACAAGGGCUUGGCCAUAAAUCCCAAGUUACUCAAAAGGCAGAUCAGUACAAUUGAUUGGAAUGCAGAACUCUCCCAUCAAUGGGCUAGCAUUAGACGAUUAUCGGACAUCCAGACGAUGCUGACAGAAAUGGAAACUGACAGGAAGUCAGUCAAGAACCUCCUGUCGGCUCGCUCUUCAUGCUACAAUCGCAAUACCCUGCCCAGCUGUCUGCGAAAAAACUUCAGCAAUAAAUCUAGCAUUACUGAGCACGAGCAUAAGCGCAAAAAGGUCACCCUAAUCAGUCCUCGGAGAAGCACGAGCAGCGAAGAGCGAGGCGAAAAAAAGACUUUGUUAAUGGACGAGAAAAAAAGUGGCCAAGGCACAGUGACUAACUCCGGGCCCAGCAGCCAUCCACUUAGCUUUAAUGAACGUCGACAAUUAUUCUGUAAGGGCGAAUUCACAAUUGCCAAAAAUGGAAAGAAGUUGAGCGAAUAUUUUAUGUCAAAUCCAGUUGAUCAAUCAGACAUAGUUGACGGCACAUUUUGCGAAGACCAGAGGGCGACAGAUGCCAUCGAAACGUUUAUCCGAAAAGAAGGCUUCAUAAAAGCACCCGCCGGUACACUAACCGGCAAUACAAAAAUCAAACUCAAUGAUUCAGCGUCACAAACUAGCUUUGGCAGCUCUCCAUCAUACUUAUUGACAAGGAAAUCAGGAAAUCAGCCGAAUAAUUUUCAUUGAACGCCCCUCUAUGUCCAAAAGGAGAUGGCAUUUGACAAAUAGCGAGAGUGCAUACAGAUUGCGACUGGAGCUCACUUGAACGCACUUUCGCUAUUUUUCUAAUGCAAACUUAUUCAUAACUGGAACCUGUUUGGAUCGUCAAUUGCGAUUUGUAUAAAUUUCUGUCUACGUAUUCACAUUCAGCAAUACGCCUGCUAAUGGAAGUUCAUGUAAAUAAAUCACAAUUG